CCAAGAACAAUGUAAUUAAUGGCAAGUAGUGAUAAAAAAUAAAACCAUGGAAUCAGUAAUGUUUCCGAUAAGAAUCGUGCGACAAAUAUCUGAAAUUUCUUAUGUUGGUUUAUCAAUAGAUAUAGAAAUAUGAAUGAAGCAAGUGGAGGGAAAUUAACAGAAACAUCUUGGGAUUCAUGUUCCGUUCGGGCGGCUAUUCCAUCAGCAAUGCAUCAGCAGCAUCAAGAUCCACAACAUCACCAUCAUCAAUUAUUUCAACAACAACAACAACACUAUCAUCAACAUCUUCAUCAGCUACCACAAAAUAACAGUAUGAUUCAUCAAGAUCCAAAUGUAACGCAAGUUAUUGUACCAACACCAGUCAAAUUACAGCCAUUACCACCACCACUAACAGCCAUGAGCGAACACUUGAUGCACGUGCCUUCAACUCAACAAAUGGGGACAAUAAAUCAAAACUUAAUACCAGGACUUUAUCAUGAUGCCGAAUUAACUCUGGAAUUGCAACAGCAAGGCUGGAAAAAGUUCUGGAGUAAACGGGAAAAUCGUCCAUAUUUUUGGAACAAAUUAACUGGUGAAUCGUUGUGGGUUAUGCCGUCGUUGAAGCCACAAUUUGAUCCAAUCACAGAUCCACUUGGUAUCUGUGGCAGUGGACCAGUUCGCAAUGCAGUUCCACCAGGUACACCGGCUGGCCCACUGAAGCGACGUAUAUCUGAAGAUUGUAAUGCUGGUAUUAUUUUGAAAAGAUUUAUUCUAACUGGACCAUGGGAUCUUGACAUUGACACAAAUGCAAUUAUAUUUGUUCGCGAACCUUCGUCUUUGCCACAAAUUCAUCCAGAUGCUGAGGUGUUGAGGUGUAAUUUAUUGGCAAAACUACGUCAAUGUUAUCAAGAACUUUGUCAUACGCGUGAAUCGAUUGAUGCACCAAAAGACUCAUUCAAUCGAUGGUUAAUGGAAAGAAAAGUCAUUGAUUGUGGUGGUGAUCCGCUGUUGCCAAGUCAGUGUUUUCCCGAAAUAUCAAUGUCGAUGUAUCGUGAGAUAAUGAAUGACAUACCAAUUAAAAUAGUGAGACCGAAAUUUACUGGUGAUGCAAGAAAACAGUUGUCACGUUAUGCUGAGGCUGCUAAAAAAAUGAUCGAGUCUAGAUCAGCUUCAUCGGAAAGUAGAAAAGUUGUCAAAUGGCAAGCUGAAGACACUUUUCAAUGGUUGCGACGAACAGUUGGUGCAACAUUCGAUGAUUUUCAAGAUCGACUUGGUCAUUUGAAGCGGCAAUGUCAACCACAUUUGACAGAAACAGUCAAAGCAAGUGUUGAGGGUAUUUGUUUAAAAAUAUAUCAUUUAUCAACGGAAUAUGCCAGAAAGGUAAGAGACAAAAACCAUCAGAUACUCAAAGAUCAAAGCCUUUUUGAAAUUAAAGAAGAGCAAACAACAGUCAAUACCCAGCGCAAAGUCAAGUGUUACCCAGUUCAAUUUACGCGUUCAGUACCCCGACAACCUCAAAUUGAUUAUCUACCCGAGCGAGACCAAACAAUCCUUCGAUAUCACGGUGAUUCAAUGUAUAUCAACAAUUCCCACUUGACCAAACUCGAGCAUCUUUAUCGAAUCAAUUGUUUCGAUGAUAAAAAGUUUGAAAUAUUUCUACCACGAGUUUGGUGCGCGUUGAAGCGUUAUCAAACUUAUCUGGGUGUCAACGAGGGACAAGCAACACAAAUGUCACUGCCAGUGAGCGUCUUCGAGUGUCUACAAAAACAUUUUGAGGUGUCAUUUGAAUGUUUUGCAUCGCCAUUCAACAGUUACUUUCGACAAUAUUGCUCGGCGUUUGCCGAUACAGACACGUAUUUUGGAUCGAGAGGUCCAUUUCUAGAAUUUAGACCGAUCAGUGGGUCAUUUGAAGCAAAUCCUCCUUAUUGCGAAGAACUGAUGGAAGCCAUGGUCAAUCAUUUUGAGAGAUUGCUGGCAGAUUCAAUAGAACCACUUUCGUUCAUUGUGUUUCUUCCAGAGUGGCGUGAUCCACCGCCAAAUGCACUCAUUAAACUAGAAGGUAGUCAUUUCAAAAAAAGACAAGUUGUCGUACCAGCAAUGGAGCACGAAUAUCGUCAUGGUUUUCAGCACAUAUUGUCAAAAAGUGAAGUCAAUAUUCGAGCAGCUCAUGGAACUCUAGUAAUAUGGUUGCAAAAUGAAGCUGGCGCAGCUCGGUGGAGUGUCACAGAUCAUAAUGUGAUGGCUUUGCUUGAAGCAUGGCGACCAGGAAGAGAACGCGAACGUGACAAACAAGAGUUAUUGUCACCACCACGUACAACAACAACAACAACAACAACAACAACAACAACAACAACAACAACAACAACAACAACAACAACAACCACUACAACAAUUACUCCUCCAACAGUUGCCACCACAACAAACCUUGCGAUACCAACAAUACCAGGUGUUCUACCAAUAACUGCUAAGCAAGUGACCCUGUCAACGGUACCAAAUUUGCAAUCAACUAUAUUAACGAACAAUAAUCCAAAUGCAGUUAUUGGUGGUCUUGAUAGUGGUACAACACCUCCAGUUAAUCAUUCAUCAACAUCUACCAGCAAUACGUUAUCACCUAUUGUUCCAUUGACAGCAGCUAAUCCAAUAUAAUUGGCUUUAGAUAUUGUAAAUAAGUCUACACUCGUGUAAAAAAACGAUAAUAAUAAUAAUAAUAUGUUUUUAAUAUAAUUUUUUUUUUUAAACAGACCAAACAUCAUGUUUAUAUACGAAAAUAAUAUAUAUUUAAGUUCCAAAAUUUAUCCAAGUGCUUCAAAUUAAUAAUUAUUAACAACUUUUGACAGUUGUGCACCAUUGAAUAAUAUGAUAUUUAUGAAUCAUAGAAAUUUCGACAGAAUAAAGUCGCUAUUAUAGUAAUAUUAAUAAUAAUACAAAAGCUAAAAUUCUUGCAACUUUUUUUAUUAAAUUUUUUUUUUUUUUUUGAACAGUCAAUUUUAAUAAUAUAAUUGUUUACUUAGUAAAUUUAUAAUAGUUAUUGUGAAUAGUUUUUAGCCUUUGUAAAUAAAAUUUGAGGUACUAAUGAAAAAAUAAGUUUUCUAAAUAGCAUAAAAUAUACAAAUUGUUUUUUUUUCAAAUAGGUGAAUAUUUAUAGAAAAUAAAAUCUAUGAAUCAUGUCUAUAUUUUUUCUUCAAUAAAAAUUUAAUAACAAAAAA